CAUCCAAUAAAUGCACAUUAGCUAGAAGAGAAUGUAAAAGAUACCUUGAGCUUGAGGCUGAAACAAACUCAUAGACAUGGGUUAUGAUGACAAUGAAUCAGAGAGAUCAGAUAUAAUGAAUGAUUCUCCAAUUGAGCAAGUUAGACUUACAGUACCAAUUACAGAUGACCCGAGCUUACCAGCCUUAACAUUUCGAACAUGGGUAUUAGGAAUUACAUCCUGCACUCUUCUCGCCUUCUUAAAUCAAUUCUUUGGCUAUCGGCAAAAUGCUCUAUAUAUAUCUUCAGUCUCAGCACAGAUUGCAGUUCUACCUAUUGGAAAAUUGAUGGCAGCAUGGCUUCCUUCUACUCAAAUUCACAUCCCGGUCGUGAAUUUUUCUUUCUCGUUGAACCCUGGGCCUUUCAAUUUGAAAGAGCAUGUUUUGAUCACGAUAUUCGCCAAUGCAGGCUCCAAUGGAGCUUAUGCUGUUAAUAUCAUUACUAUCGUUAAGGCUUUUUAUCAUAGAAAGUUGCAUCCCCUGGCAGCUAUGUUACUCACUCAGACUACGCAGAUGAUGGGAUAUGGAUGGGCUGGUAUCUUUAGAAAGUUCCUGGUUGAUUCCCCUUAUAUGUGGUGGCCUUCAAACCUAGUGCAAGUCUCUCUUUUCAGGGCAAUGCAUGAGGACGAGAAGCGGCCAAAAGGAGGAAUGACAAGGCUCCAAUUCUUCAUCACAGUCUUCAUCUCAAGCUUUGCAUACUACAUUGUCCCCAACUACCUCUUCCCUUCAAUAACUGCCCUCUCCUUUGUCUGCUGGAUCUGGAAACACUCAAUCACAAUGCAACAAAUUGGUUCAGGUUCUUAUGGCCUUGGCAUCGGUUCGUUUGGCCUAGAUUGGUCAACAGUUGCAGGAUUUCUCGGAAGCCCAUUGGCAACCCCAGGGUUUGCAAUAAUCAACAUAUUGGUUGGAUUUAUUGUAACUGCAUAUUUAGUCGUUCCAGUUGCUUAUUGGACUAAUGCAUUUGAAGCCAAGAGGUUUCCAAUACUCUCAUCACAGUUGUUUAUGUCUAAUGGGAGUCGAUAUGAUGUGAAUCAAGUGUUGAAUCCAAAGACAUUUGAGUUUAAUCAAGAAGGGUACGAUCAAAUUGGGCAGAUUAAUUUGAGCAUUUUCUUUCUGAUAACUUAUGGUUUGAGUUUUGCUACGCUCGCUGCUUCGCUGUCUCAUGUUGGACUUUUCUAUGGAAAGGAAAUAUGGAGACAAACAAAAGCAGCAUUCCAGGAUGAAAUCGGCGAUAUACACACAAGGGUGAUGAAGAAAAAUUAUGAAUCAGUCCCCGAAUGGUGGUUCCAUGCAAUCUUAGUUUCGAUGAUUGCACUUUCGAUCUUCACGUGUGAAGGCUUCGGGAAACAACUACAACUUCCAUACUGGGGAGUACUACUGGCAGCUGGUUUAGCUCUCAUCUUCACUCUCCCAAUUGGUAUUAUCACAGCAACAACAAAUCAACAACCAGGACUGAACGUGCUCACAGAGAUGAUCAUUGGUUAUAUGUAUCCUGGGAGGCCUCUUGCAAAUGUAGCAUUCAAGACUUAUGGGUAUAUCAGCAUGACUCAAGCUCUAACAUUUCUUGGAGAUUUCAAGUUGGGACAUUAUAUGAAGAUUCCACCUAAGUCUAUGUUCAUUGUCCAGCUAAUAGGAACAAUCGUCGCAUCCUCAGUAACAUUCGGUACGGCAUGGUGGCUCCUUGAAACAGUAAAAAACAUAUGUGAUCCCUCAAAACUACCAGAGGGAAGUCCAUGGACAUGCCCCGGUGAUCAAGUAUUCUACAGUGCGUCGAUCAUAUGGGGAGUAGUUGCACCUAUUCGAAUGUUUGGAAAACUCGGUCUCUACGAAACCACAAACUACUUUUUCCUGUUGGGGUUUCUUGCUCCAAUUCCAGUAUGGCUCUUAUCUCGCCUUUAUCCGGAGAAAAAUUGGAUAAAACUCAUAAACAUGCCGAUAAUCUUAGGAGCUGCGGGCUCAAUGCCUCCUGCAAGGGCAGUGAACUAUACAAUGUGGUUCAUUGUGGGGAUUGUCUUCAACUUUGUUGUGUAUAGGAGGUAUAAAGGGUGGUGGGCAAGGCAUAAUUAUGUUUUAUCAGCUGGUUUGGAUGCAGGAGUGGCUUUUAUGGCCAUAUUGACAUAUUUUGCUCUGCAGUUUAAGGAUGUUAAUGGGAUUUCUUGGUGGGGAUUGGAAGUUGAUGAUCAUUGUUUGUUAGCAAGUUGUCCUACUGCGCCAGGGAUCAAGGUUGAAGGUUGUCCGGUUUUUGACUGACAGAAGUUGGAUUCUUUUUUUUUUUCUUUCUUUCCUUUAAUCCAUAGAGCCUGUAAGACAGUUGGAUUCAUUGUAAAAGAGUUCACAAGGAAAAUUACAUUGUAAGACAUCUAUUCAGAAAAUUUGUAUCAAGGUGAAGACAUAGAGAAGGAAAUGUCAAGUUGA